AUGGCGAGCUGUCAGCGUACCGGUCUGCUCGUCCUAUUGCUGGCACUUAGCGCCUCUCUCCCGAGGCCUGGGGCAGCCUUCUACCUGCCUGGCCUUGCUCCUGUCAGCUUCUGCGAGCCGGGAAAGGAGACGGAGGAGUGUAAGUCUGAUAUAGAGCUGUUUGUGAACAGACUUGACUCUGUGGAAUCAGUGCUUCCGUAUGAAUAUACUGCGUUUGAUUUUUGUCCGGCAAAGGAAGGAAAGCGUCCAUCUGAAAACCUUGGCCAGGUGUUGUUUGGUGAGCGAAUUGAACCCUCUCCAUACAAGUUCAAAUUUAAAGAAAAUAAAAAAUGUGAAGAUGUUUGUGUUAAAAAAUACAGUGCAGAUCAACAGAGUAAACAGAAGCUGGAAUUCUUGAAGAAGAGUAUGCUACUUAACUAUCAGCACCACUGGAUUAUUGACAAUAUGCCUGUUACAUGGUGUUAUGAUGUAGAAGAGAAAAACAAAAGUUUUGCAAUCCUGGCUUUCCAAUUGGCUGCUAUAUUACAGAAGAUGGACACCCUAAAGAUGCAUGUGUAAUAAAUUCUGAAUUCCAUGAGAGGGAUACUUAUUAUAUCUUUAAUCAUGUGGAUAUAACUAUAUAUUACCAUGUGGUAGAAGAUGAAGCAAAGGGGUCAAGAUUGGUUGCUGCUAAACUUGAACCUAGAAGCUACAAGCAUACUCAUUCUGACAAAGCGGAUUGUUCUGGUCCUCCAAUGGAAAUUAAGAACCAGAAAGAUGAUGUUGAAAUCCGAUACACUUACUCUGUUACUUUUGAGGAAGAAAAAAAGAUUCGAUGGGCUUCAAGAUGGGAUUACAUUCUUGAGUCUAUGCCACAUACACACAUUCAGUGGUUUAGUAUAAUGAACUCCUUGGUGAUUGUGCUUUUCCUGUCUGGCAUGGUUGCUAUGAUCAUGCUGAGAACACUGCAUAAAGAUAUUGCAAGAUACAACCAGAUGGACUCUGCCGAAGAUGCUCAGGAAGAGUUUGGUUGGAAACUGGUGCAUGGUGAUAUUUUCAGGCCUCCAAGAAAGGGCAUGCUGCUAUCAGUUUUCCUUGGUUCAGGCGCUCAGAUCUUGAUUAUGACAUUUGUCACCUUAUUUUUUGCAUGCCUUGGAUUUUUGUCUCCUGCAAACAGAGGAGCUUUGAUGACAUGUGCCGUAGUUCUGUGGGUGCUGCUUGGUACUCCUGCGGGUUAUGUUGCUUCCAGAUUCUACAAAUCAUUUGGUGGUGAGAAGUGGAAAACUAAUGUUCUGUUGACUGCAUUCCUGUGUCCAGGGAUUGUGUUUGCUGAUUUCUUCCUGAUGAACCUAAUUCUUUGGGGAGAAGGAUCCUCUGCAGCCAUUCCAUUUGGUACUCUUGUGGCUAUCCUGGCGUUGUGGUUUUGUAUCUCUGUCCCGCUGACCUUCAUUGGAGCCUACUUUGGAUUUAAAAAGAAUGCCAUUGAACACCCUGUCCGCACAAAUCAGAUCCCUCGUCAGAUUCCUGAACAGUCAUUUUAUACAAAGCCAUUACCUGGUAUUAUAAUGGGAGGAAUUUUGCCCUUUGGCUGUAUCUUCAUACAACUUUUCUUCAUUCUUAAUAGUAUCUGGUCCCAUCAGAUGUAUUAUAUGUUUGGGUUCUUGUUUCUCGUAUUCAUCAUUUUAGUCAUCACUUGCUCAGAAGCCACAAUAUUACUGUGCUACUUUCAUCUGUGUGCUGAGGACUACCAUUGGCAGUGGCGCUCAUUCCUCACCAGUGGCUUCACAGCAGUUUACUUCCUAGUGUAUGCAGUGCAUUAUUUUUACUCCAAACUGCAAAUUACAGGAACUGCAAGCACCAUCUUAUACUUUGGAUACACUAUGAUCAUGGUUCUCAUAUUUUUCCUUUUUACUGGCACAAUCGGAUUCUUUGCCUGCUUUUGGUUUGUGACAAAGAUCUAUAGUGUUGUGAAAGUGGACUGA